AUGACUGACGACUCGGUGCAUGCUAAACGUCGAUUUCACAUCUACAUUUUACCCCCAAAACAUAAUAUUGUUUGGAAAAUUCAUGUCAUCCUUGAUCGUACUUCAGUCUGUAAGUUAUUUAUUUUUCGAUUAGUGAGAAAACGUAUUGCAACAGACAGCACCGAGUUGAAUGAUGUCAAUAAACGAUUGGCUAAAGAUGGCAUGCGGCGUGACAUGAGCAUAGAGCAUAAAUUGCGAUAUGUUUGGAGGUUGUUUCAACGGUCCGAGAGUAGCUUAAAAUCGGCAGUAGAAGAUGUUGCUGAUCUGCAAAGACAACAAGGAAAAGAUAUGCUUGAGGUAGAGAAUUACGUUUCUCAUAUCCGGAAGCUAUCAGAUGAGCAAAAAAGAUUGACGUGCGACUAUGAAGUAGAGAAUACGGAACUGAAAGAGAAAAUUGCAUUAUUAAAGGAAGAAAAUUUAUCAUUCAGCAGAAUAUCUGACAAAGUGACUAGAUUACUGAGAGAGCAGGAUAUACCUGAAGAACUUUUUACAACCAACACUGAAGUUCAGAUUGAAUAUCUUCUCAAUAAGAAUCGGGAAUUGCAAAGUGAAUUUAGUGAAAAGUUUAAGAGUUUGGAGCAAGAAAAUGUUUCAACCAAGCAAAUAUUGCUUCAUAUUUCUCAUAUUGCUGAUCUACAAUCCAAAGAGUUAAAACCUGAUCUAAUUAAAGAAAAAAUUGCAGAAUUAAUCAAUUCUAAUAAAAAACUUGAAAAUGAAAAUAUUUUAGUGAAAAAUAAAAUUACUGAUUUAAGUAAUAAAGGUAAAAAGACUCAAGAUAUUUUAAAUGACAUAGAGUGUCUUUUUAAACAUAGUGUUCCUAAUAUGACUCAGUCAUCGUUAAAAGAGAACAUUGAAUUUGUACUUGAAGAAAACAAAGUGCUGGUUAGCGAAUUAAAAAUCAAAGAAAAAGAACUACAUGACUAUCAAACUGAAUAUGUGAAAAACAACACUAAAGCUUUUAAAGACAUGCAAGAAGAAAAUUUUAGAUUGAUGCAGAAGGUUGCGAUGUUAGAGGAAGAAAAAUCAAAUUUCAAAUCUGAAAUCAAGAAAAAAGAAGUCUUGAUUCAGAAUACAAGUAAAGAUAAUCACCUUGCUUCCAAACAGCUCCAAAUUUUACAAGAAAAAUUAAAAGCUGAAAAAGUCAAACAUGAUUUGGAGUUGGAAGAUAUGGCAAAGAGUUACGAAAAUGAACUUGAUAAUACAGUAAGGAAUCACCAAACUGAAAUAACAAACAUGGAAGAAGAGAAGAACAGAUACAACAAACUUAUUGUCGAUUUACGAAAUAUGAGAGCAAAAGCUAAUUUUCUGGAAAAGGAUAACAAUCUUUUGAAACAAGAAAUCAAGGCGCUUGAAAUUGAAAACAAAAGUUUCCAAAAUGAUCUAGUAAACAUCAAAGAAGAGCAGAAAGGACUGCUCGUUAAAUUAAAAAAAGAACACGAGGAGCUUUUAAGUGAGCGGACAACUAAACACUCUUUAGAAGUACAAAAACUCCAUGAACAAACUGCAGCCAGGAUAAAUGAUUAUGAAAUUUUGAAGGUAAAAAAUGAAGACAAUUGCCAGCAGCGAAAAGCUUUAAAGCAACGCUUGAUCUAUGCUUCUAUUGAGUUGAAAGAACUCAAAGAAAGAGUGCAUACCUUAACUGACAAAAAUAAAAAGGUGGAAAAUGGUUUGCAAUUGGAAAAAGAAAAUUCUCGCAAAUAUUUGAAAAGGUUUAAAGAAUUGACUGCUGUUAAAAGACAUCUGAAAGUGAAAGUAAAAACACUAAAUGAAAUGUUGACGAUGCAAACGCGUCUGUUGGAAAAAACAAAGACGACUCUGCUUCAGACGGAAAAGGAAGUCAAAAAUAAAGAUAUAUUGUAUGCGCACAUGCGACAGAAUGAUACCAAUCAGGUUGGUGUUGUGUAA